AUGGCGCCCGUCACGAAGCAGUUUGACUAUAUCGUAAUUGGUGGUGGCUCUGGUGGUUCCGGCACAGCCAGAAGAGCCAGUGGGUGGUACGGUGCAAAGACCGCCAUCAUUGAUGCUGGCGUCUCAGGCGGAACAUGUGUGAACGUCGGAUGUGUACCAAAAAAGAUGACCUGGAACUAUGCUUCCAUUAAUGAAACCCUUGAGGCCGGGAAACACUACGGCUAUAAAUAUGGAGAGGUGUCGCACGACUACCAAUCCUUCGUCAAGAAGAGACAUGCUAGAAUAAAGGUUCUCAACGGCGCAUAUGAAAGCAAUUGGGCAAAAGAAGGAAUAGAAUUGAUUCAUGGAACUGCUUCUUUCAUUUCAAAGACCGAGCUCGAGAUCAAACCCAAAGAUGGAAGCGAAGCUUACAGAAUCACCGCACCACACAUCGCCAUUGCCACUGGAGGAUAUCCCACAAAGCCCGAGGACAUCAAGGGUUCUGAGUACGGCAUCACCUCUGACGAGUACUUUUUGAUUGAGCAUUUACCCAAGAAGAUGGUCUUUGUCGGCGCAGGCUACAUCGCAGUCGAACUGGCAGGAGUCAUGAAUGCGAUUGGUGUUGAGACACACCUAUUCAUCCGAGGCAAUACCUUUUUGAGAAAAUUCGACCCCAUGAUCCAGGAGACCAUGACCAAACACUACGAGGAGGCUGGCGUCAUCGUGCACAGAAACCACCCGGGAAUUAAAGAGGUCAUCCAGCUGCAAGCAGGUGUGGACGAAACAGAUCCUCGCGAGAAGCAAUUGAAAAUUAUCUCCAACGACGGAUCCGAGCUCAUCACAAACGAGCUCCUAUGGGCCAUUGGAAGAAGCCCAGAGACGAGAGGUCUUGGUCUGGACAAGAUCGACAUCAAGCUCGGUCCCAAGGGCCAUAUCGUGGUCGAUAAAUUUCAGAAUUCAUCUGUGGAUAGCAUCUAUGCUCUGGGCGAUGUCACUGGCCAGGCCGAACUCACCCCCGUAGCCAUCGCGGCCGGAAGACAACUCGGCAACCGUCUUUUUGGACCCCCAGAGCUCAAAGAAUCACAUCUCAACUACGAAUUGAUCCCCUCGGUCGUCUUCUCCCACCCCGAAGUCGGAUCAACUGGCCUGACGGAACCCGAAGCCAUUGAGAGAUAUGGAAAGGAGAACAUCAAGAUCUACCACACAAAGUUCUCGGCCAUGUACUAUGACGUCUUCCCCAAGGAAGAGAAAGCCAAACACCCCACCGAAUUCAAGCUCGUGUGUUUGCUGCCCGAGGAGAAGAUCGUCGGUCUCCAUAUCCUCGGUGAGGGUGUCGGUGAAAUGACCCAAGGCUUCGGCGUGGCCGUCAAGAUGGGCGCCACGAAGAAGGAUUUCGACAGCACUGUUGCUAUUCAUCCGAUCUCUUACCAAGUUGUGAAAAUUAUGAACGAAGGCUUUUACCAGGCUUCGGCUUGA